UAGCGCUAUGAUUUGGAACUGUUGGAACUUUAUUUUGCUGUGUAUACAGUUUUCUUUAAUUAAUUCCCUACAAAAUAAUGAAUUUUUUUGGGGACCUGGAUUACAACCCCAAAAUAUAGUAAUGCCGGCUAGAUAUUUCUUUGUUAAUUUUACAUCUUACUGUAAGAAAUAUGAACCCAGCUUAGCAAACGAUGUUGCGGUGGAAAUCGAAGGAAAGUCUGCAAAUAACAACAGGUGUCGCGUCUGGAUAAAUAAACUAGAUCGGAAAGACGGCACUUUUUUAAUUCGCUAUAAAGUAUAUGAAACCUGCCAGGAUCUUUCCAUUGGAAUUUAUUUUAAGAGCAAGCAUAUUACUGGAUCCCCAGUCAAGUUUACAGGUCCUAUACUAGCAGACCAAUGCGACUGUCCAGUGAAAGAUAUUAACACUUGGCUGGAACAAUAUGGAUGCCCAAAAACUUACAAACAAAUUGAAAAUGAUCUGUUGUUACACAAUGAUGUUGAUAUGAAAGUGCAAAUUAAGAAAAUAAUUGAAAAGUAUCAUAAACCAGAAAGCACUAGUUUUUGCCAUUAUGUUAUAAAUAAUAACAAAAUUUACAGAGACUGUUAUGGAAAGCAUGUUGGGUUCAACAUGUUUUCUGAUAAUAUUCUAUUGUUUUUGUCAAGAAAGGUUGUAUUACCUGAUAUGGAAUUGGUUAUAAACCUGGGUGAUUGGCCUUUAGUUUCUAAACUGUCAGAGCCAUUACCAGUGUUUUCUUGGUGUGGUAGUAAUGAUACAUUAGACAUAAUAAUGCCAACAUAUGAUAUAACAGAAUCUACAAUUGAGAAUAUGGGCAGGGUCACAUUGGAUAUUCUGUCAGUGCAAGGCAGUGUUGAGCACCAGUGGCCGAGUCGGGAACCCCGUGCCAUAUGGCGAGGGCGAGACUCGCGACUGGAGCGGUUGAAACUCGUUGACAUUGCAAGGGCUAACCCUGAUCUAUUUAAUGUAUCUCUCACGAAUUUCUUUUUCUUUCGUGACAAGGAAGCUCAGUAUGGCCCAAAGCAACCUCAUAUUUCUUUUUUCAAGUUUUUUGAUUAUAAAUACCAAGUGAAUAUAGAUGGUACAGUAGCAGCCUAUCGAUUACCAUAUUUACUCGCUGGUGGUGGAAUGGUUUUGAAGCAAGAUUCGCCAUUUUUCGAACACUUUUAUAGUUUACUACGACCAUGGGAACAUUACGUCCCAGUUUCACGCGACUUGUCCGAUUUAAAAGAACGUGUAAUUUGGGCACUUGAACAUGACGAGGAAGCUCGUAAUAUUGCUGAAAAUGCUAGAAAAUUUGCCAAUGAACAUUUACUUCCACAACAUAUCAUUUGCUACCAUGGUGUACUUUUUUCUGAAUGGAGUAAAAGAUUAAAAAGUAAAGUAAGUGUAUAUGACGGUAUGACUCCCGUGCCUCAAGUAAAAUCAAAAUGUGACUGUGAAGAAAACAAUUUCAAGCAUGUUGAGCUGUGAUUUGAAUGUUAAUAGAGGCGAAAACAAACGAGAUUAUUAAUAAUGAAUAAAUAAUGCAUAUAGGUAGGAUACAGCUAGUUAGAAACUGUGUAACUAAAU